UCUUAUCUGGCGAAAUCCCUCUCCGCUUCUCUUCUUCUCUCUAGAAAAUUGGGAUCCUUUGACAGAAGCGGCUCGACUUCUUCUUUGCGGAGACCAAAUCCUUCUUCACAGCUGGGAUUUCUGAUUUCACUGUGCAGUGACACCAGUACUAGGACAAAAACGUGGAGUUGCUUGUGAAAAUCUACAUAAAUAUCUGAUGGGGGAUUUGUCAGAUCUUGUAACAUGAAGAUAUCCAUGAGUUGUAUCUAUGGGUUUGUGGAUUGAUAUUCUAAUCUCUGGCACUUUUGGGGUUUGAUUCGGUUUGCGAAGAUGAUGCUGUGUUGCUUUUAGCCCUGUGGGUUAAAUCGCAGGAACAAGGAGUGAAAUAAGAAGAUUAGAAGAAAUAUGGGGGAGACACUCCUUACGACCCUUUCUAUGGAGAAUUAUCACCCAUCUACACUUCUGUCCAUGGAUUCGGGCUCUUUUACUCAUGAAGAAACUGAGAGGGAGACGAACCGGUCAGUCAUACUUUCAGGAGCACCCGAUAUCAAUCUCCCGCUCUCAUCGGAAGCGAGCCCUCCUCCUCUCUCAUGGAACGACCACUGUGACAUCUUAGACGUCGGUCUUGGACCUCAGAUUUAUGAGUCUGAGGCAGUUGUUCACGUACCUAAGAUUGCUAAGAAGUACAGUAAGCGGGUGGAUAGCAUGUGGGGUGCUUGGUUUUUCUUCAGUUUCUACUUCAAACCCGUUUUGAAUGAGAAGUCCAAGAGUAAGAUAACAAGGGACAGCAAUGGCUUGUCGGGGUACGAUAAAACCGACUUGCAGCUCGAUGCAUUCAUGGUUCAGCACGAUAUGGAGAAUAUGUACAUGUGGGUCUUCAAGGAAAAACCCGAGAACGCCCUUGGUAAGAUGCAACUACGCAGUUACAUGAAUGGGCAUUCCCGUCAAGGGGAACGUCCUUUCCCUUUCAGUGUGGACAAAGGCUUUGUCCGGUCUCAUAGGAUGCAGAGGAAACAUUAUCGUGGCCUCUCUAACCCUCAGUGUCUGCACGGGAUCGAAGUUGUUCGGUCACCCAACCUCUCGAUGCUUGACGAAGACGAAAAGAAGAGGUGGGUGGAUCUUACGGGCCGGGAUGCAAACUUUUCUGUCCCACCCGAAGCAAGUGAUUAUGGUUCAUGGAGGAAUCUCCCGCAUACAGAAUUCGAGCUUGAGCGACCGCUUCCUCUGCUCAAAGCCAACGGGCACACCCAAGUGAAAAAGCUUAAUGGUACUUGUCUGAAUCUGUCAACUCAUUCACCGGACCAUGCCACUGAUGCAAUGGAUAUAUACCCCACUUGUGGCAACAAACGCAAGAAAGACUGCCUCGCUCUCGCAAACGGGGAUGAAUCCUGUUCAACCGACAAAUCCCUCGACAUGAAAUUCCAUGCCCCUGAGUUGCCAUGGUCAAGCGAGUUCACCGGGGUGAUGAAGAACAUAAAUGGGCCAGUCACGGCGGCGAAAACGGUAUAUGAAGACGCAAACGGGUUCUUGAUCAUCAUAAGCCUGCCUCUGGUCGAUCUAGGGAAGGUGAAAGUGACAUGGAGGAACACUCCGGGCCACGGGAUAGUGAAGAUAUCGUGCGUGAGCACGACGUGUAUGCCGUUCAUCAAACGGCAUGACCGGACGUUCAAGCUGUCAGACCCAGCACCCGAGCACUGCCCGCCGGGAGAAUUCGUUCGGGAAAUCUCGCUGCCGAACCGGAUUCCAGACGAUGCGAAGCUCGAGGCGUACCGAGACGAAACAGGGACGAUGUUGGAGAUCAUGGUGCCGAAACAUAGGACGGGUCCUGAAGAACACGAAGUCCGUGUCUGUCUCCGACCGUUUGAGCUGGAGUGAUGGAUUUUAAAGCAGAGAGUCUCCAGCUGUUUGUUUUUGUUAUUAUUAUUAUUAUUAUUAUUAUUAUUAUUACUGGGUAAUUUGAUUUGUAUGACAACUUUUGUAUUGCAAAGUUCUUAUUGAUUUUCGGAUAUUAACAUAUA